CCACCAGUGCUAAUAUCAAAACAAUCGUCUCUCUCGACAAACUCCAAUUCGCAAUUUGCUCUUCCUCCCGCCUCCUCCUCUUCUUAAAACCCUAACCACUCUUCUCCAACAAAACCACCAUCUUUACCACCACUUGUCGGCAGCGCCUCUGCUAACCACCUCUCCUUCGCCGCUUCUCACGAUAUCAGUGGAAUGGCUUCCUCAGAUGAAGAGAUAACUAGACUGUACAGAAUUCAGAGGACAAUAAUGCAAAUGUUGAAUGACAGAGGUUAUAUUGUGGCUGAUCAUGAGCUCAAUAUGACGAAACAGCAGUUUCUUAGUAGAUAUGGUGAGUAUUUGAAGAGGGAUGCCCUUUCUAUCCAAAAAACCAAACGCAAUGAUAGCUCUGAACAGAUAUAUGUUUUCUUCCCUGAUGAGCCGAAGGUUGGUGUUAAAACAAUAAAGCAUUACACCAAUACUAUGAAAAAUGAAAAUGUGUCUAGAGCAAUUUUGGUGGUCCAACAGAACUUGACUCCUUUCGCAAAGACUUGCAUCAGUGAAAUUUCUGGCAAAUUCCACGUGGAGGUUUUCCAGGAGGCAGAGAUGUUGGUUAACAUCAAGGAGCAUGUUCUUGUUCCUGAGCAUCAAUUGCUAAAUGAUGAAGAAAAGAAGACCCUGCUCCAAAGGUACACCGUCAAGGAAACUCAGCUACCAAGAAUUCAGAUGAAUGAUCCAGUUGCAAGAUAUUACGGACUUAAGCGUGGACAAGUUGUGAAGAUUAUUCGUCCUAGUGAAACCGCUGGAAGAUAUGUCACAUAUCGAUAUGUUGUAUGAUUUAGGCCAUCUACACUAACGUAUACCGAACUCUGGUGUCCCCUGUUUUUUCUUGAGAAAUUGUAUUGUAGUAUUUGAGGAGAAGAAACCAUCUAGGGCAUUGUAUGGUUGUUUUUGUCUAUUUUGGAAUACAAGUGUUCGGAAGUUA